AUUUAAUACAACAAAUCGAUAAAGUUAUUCAUAAUUCAUACAUUCAAAAUAUUUGACUGGGGGAAUAUCAAUAAUUUGCCAUUUGAUCAUGUCCAUGUUGCAAUGUUGCAAAUGAAGAAUGAAAAAUGAAAGUUGGUGAAGUCGUGAAGUAAACAGAGCACGGAGGACGGCAUCUGUGGCAUAACCUUAAUUGGAUAAUUUUGUUUACUGUCUUCAAAAUAUUUCAGAACAGUGUUUAGUAGUGAAAAAGACAAUUUUUCAGUCUCAUGUGAAUCGAAAAUGAUUUUACCUGAUUCAUUGCUAUUCUGCGUAUCACUUUUAGAUACUGGAGCACUUCUGUUUUUAUUGAUAUAUUUUGUAAUAACAUUAUCGGACCUCGAAUGUGAUUAUUUGAAUGCUCAAGAAUGUUGUUCAAGACUGAAUCAAUGGGUAAUGCCGAAAUUUAUAGCUCACACAUUUUUAAGUGUCCUUCUUUUGAUACAUGGACACUGGAUAUUGAUGUCCCUAAACUUGCCAAUGACUUUCUGGCUUAUAUAUGAAAUAUAUACUGUGCCCAGAGGAAAUUUAGGGGUAUAUGACGCUAUUGAGAUACAUAAUCGAGGACAAAUUAAAAAGCAUAUGAGAGAUUGUAUGAUUUAUUUAGGAUACUAUUUACUAUUCUUCUUUUUGUAUUUGUAUUGUUUGAUUACUUCUCUUCUGCAAGGAGAUCCGAUCAACAGGAAAGACGAAGGUGAAAUUAUGAAUGACUUCUAAUCAGUAUUGGACAAACUGUGGUAUUAGAAAUACCUUAAGAAAAUGAACAAUUAAAAUUGUUUACAAUACAGGCUGAACCUUUUGAUAUUAUCUAUAUUUGUGUGUAGAAUUUUAGUCGACUGUGUUUUUAUUUAUAUAUGUAAUUUAUGUAAUUUUGUUUAAUAAAAUAGUGACGAUAAAA